AUGGCUUCAAAGUACGACCAGCUUCUUAUCGUGGUUUCUAUCCUUGAAGUCUCUCGUGCGCCCAUAUUGCCUUUUUUUUCAGGUCGUCAAUUUCCGAAGAGCCAGCGCCACACUUUGAUUGUGCAAGCUAAGUUUGAUGGCGAACAGUUAGCAACAGAUCCUGUGGAACACAAGGAACAGCCACAGUUUUGCACUGAGUUGGCCUGGGAACUUGACCGCAGGACACUUCAUCAGCAUAGGCUUCAACGAACGCCAAUCAAAUUACAGUGCUUUGCAGUUGACACAACUACAAAUGCAAAAGAGUGUGUUGGGUAUAUUAUUUUGGACCUCAGGUCUGUUCAGGAGGUUCAACAGGCACCGAAGUGGUACCCUUUGUUAAGUAGCAAGUACACCAAACUUAAGCCUGCUAUUUUGCUCAGCAUGGUCAUUGAGAAUGACACGAAGCAGACUCCUGAGCAGUUUAAGGCAAAGAAAGCACCACCCAGGCAAGGUUCUCCUGUGUUGUCAGCAUUAGGAUCAGGUAAAUUGGAAGCUGUUCUGAAUGAGGAUGAGGGCUAUCACCAGAUCGGGCCAGCAGAACAGUGUACAGACAUGUUUGUGUUGUCCAUCACUGUGGCCUUUGCUACCAGAUUGGAGCAGUUGAUCCCAAGCAAGACAAAGCUGUCAAAUGAGGGAUCAGAGUUCUUCUUCUACUACACACUCCUGGGUAAUGAUGUGACGAGCGAGCCAUUCCAGAAUCUGAUAACUCCCAACUUCGAGCCAGAGCGAGCGUCUGUCCGCGUCCGUAGCAACGACAGACUUCUCCGGCUCUUUUUCAGCCAACAGUCUAGUCUUCAGGUCCAUCUGUGUUGUGGGAACCAGUCUUUAGGCAGUGCCCAAAUCUCUCUUGCUGGACUAGCAAGAAGCAGUGUUGACUUGGGAAAAGAGCAAGCCACUAUAGAGGGAGCUUUCGUCCUUGAGCCCCCAAAAAUCGCCAAACAAAAUUUACCUCCUGUCCCCCUGGACUUGCAGCCGACCGUGGGUGUGUCUGUAACCCUUAGAAAAGAGAAUGUGAACGCUCAGCAGUCCGGAGACGUCGGAGAGUGGGGUGAUGGUCCUAAAACUCCAGUCAAGAAAAGUCCUGCUCCACCAGUCCAACCUGUAUCACCAACUGCUGAGCCUAGACUUCCCAGUCCGUCACCUGGGGGGAAAUCUCUUGUCGAGCCUCUGAAGUCUCCGACUCCUUCCUCAAACCAGCCACACUCAGAGAGUGAGGCCGAAAGCCUGCCAGAUGACGCCAGGAAAACUCAGCCUGCCCCUGGUGACCUGCCCCUCCCUGGGCCUGCCGACGGGCCCGCUGAGAAUGAGCCUGUGGCACCCGUGUCCUCCGUCAGUGUCUCUGCGCCCAAGAUUGCCAUUCCUGCUUCAGCACACCACUACUGCUUCUCCAUGGACCUCCGCAGCAUCCGAGACUUGGCUCUGAGCUUCCCCGUCAACUGCAUUCUAAGAUAUGCAUACCAGUUCUUUGGUAGUGCAGCCCCCAUCAUGACAAACCCAGCGGUGGAGAUUAAGAAGAACACGGAGGUGUUUCUACCUCAGUCUUACUGUGCUUUUGAUUUUGCUGCCCUGCCAAAUCAACUGCAGGACACUUUUCUCAGGGUGCCUCUCGUGGUGGAAAUGUGGCAUCGAGACCCCAGUUCCAGAGAUGUUCUCCUGGGCACAGUGAGCAUUCAACUCUCCCACCUCCUGACUGCGGAGAAAACCCGGUUCCUGGGGUCAUCCGGUCAGCAGCACUGGAGACAAACAUACUCAGAGAGGCUGCCUGUCGUAAAGGCCCAAGGGUCCAAUGAGAAGGUGGCUGAACUGUGCUAUGUGACCGUUCUGGAAGACUUAGGUUUAGUGAAGGCCCAAGACAUCCUUGUAUCAGAAUCUUCCCAGAGUGGCAAACAGGUUCAGCCAAAGGCAGCGGGGUCUCCACGACAACACCGCGGUACUGGGUCUGGACUCGCCGAGCCCAGAGAGACACUGGAGUACAGGGCUGCUCUGGAGCUGGAGAUGUGGAAGGAGAUGCAAGAAGACCUGUUUGACAAUCAGCUAAAGCAAAAGGAGCUGAGUCACAUGCAGGCUUUGGCAGAGGAGUGGAGGAGGAGGGACCGUGAGCGGGAGGCGUUGGUCAAGAAAAAGGAAAUGGAAUACAAUCUCUUGGAGGAGCAGCUUCAGAAGACUCUGGCAGAUCUGGAGAAGAGAGAGAAGGCCCUGGCUCACGCGGAGAUGGAGACGCAGCGCCUGCAGCGGGAAAUGCGGGCGGAGCACGAGUUCAGCGUGCGCGAGCUACAGGACGCCAGCCGACGGCUCCGCGAGGACUGCGCCCACCAGGUGGAGCUGGAGAGGUCAAAGGUCAGGCAGCUUGAAGAGGACCUCGUAAGGCAACAACAGCAGAUACAGGAAGCAGAAAACAAAUACAAACAGCUCGAAAAGGAGUUCCAGCAGUAUCGCGAGCAGCAAAACACUCGACCAGAGAUUCGAUUGCAAUCUGAGAUCAACUUGCUUACGCUAGAGAAGGUGGAACUGGAACGAAAGCUGGAAUCAACAACAAAGUCUAAACUUCAUUACAAGCAACAGUGGGGGCGUGCUCUUAAAGAACUUGCCAGAUUUAAACAGAGAGAGCAGGAGAACGCUAUGAUACGGCUGAAGAAGCAGCAGCAGGAGCUGGAGCACAUGAGGCUGCGGUACCUGGCAGCCGAAGAGAAGGAAGCUGUCAAAACAGAGAAACACCAGCUAGAGGACAUCAGGAAUGAGCUGAACAGGCUAAAACAGCAGGAGGACAAGAGGAGCGCGAGGGAGCCGGAGUUCGCGGCUCUGAACGAGAGCGCCGACGAUCACCUGAGUCGUCUUCUCGAAGAGAGGGACACGCUUUUACGCACAGGUGUAUACACGCACGAAGACCGCAUCAUCAGUGAACUCAAUAAACAGAUCCAAGAGGCUAUGGCCCACAGAGGUUCUCACUGA